AAAAAAAAUUGAAUGCAUUUUGUUAUUCCAGGUGUAGCAGUAAGACUUUUGUAUUUUUGCCUUCCAUAAAUUCACCAAGUCAAAUCUAUCCAUGAUUUUUUUUUUCUCGUGCAGCAAAGCAAUGAGACCAUAUUUGACGAUAUAUAACCACAUUCGAAACAGAGAUGUCAACCAUCUCUGUUUGAAACCCCUCCCAUUGUUAGCUAUAUGGGAAUUGGGUUAUUAUGACAGCCAGUGUUAUGAAAACAGCAGUAGUUGCUCGCCAUAUGGGACGUUGAUGACUCAUUUCGCCAGGACCAAUCAACUGGCGACCCAAGACAGCGUCGCCAAUGGCGCCCGGAUCACCUUCUCUGACUCCACCUCUACUGUCUUUGCGAUGGGGCUUGUUACAUCAAUGUAGGUAGGCCUACAUGUGUUACACAAACAGAAAAGUGAAGAAAAGAGAACAACCGCUGGACUUGAGUGCUUGAUUCAGGCUGUGGUCUUCCCGAGUAGCCUACGUUGACAGCUGCGAUGCCACCACAAAACUCCUCCAAAGUCCCUCCAGCAGAAAACGGCAAAUCUGUACAGUAUGGGCAGUGGGGACGUGCUUGGCAGGUGGACUGGUUUUCCCUUGCUGGCGUGGUCCUGUUGCUGUGCUGUGCUCCUGGGAUCGUGUUCUUCUUUGUUGUGACGUGUGAACAGUACCAGUGCUCCAUCAGCCACAUCCUCAUCGACGUGUUCAGCGGUGACGCCACUCUUGGCUCCAUCUGGGAACAAACACCCUCUUUCUCAUGGAUGGUAGUCAAAAUAUAUUGCAUUUGGGUCGUCUUUCAGGUGGUGCUUUACAUGUAUUUCCCUGACAUUACUCACAAAAUAUUGCCUGGCUACGCUGGCGGCGUUCAAGACGGAGCAAGAACACCUGCAGGCCUCAUCAAUCAAUACCAGAUCAACGGACUUCAGUCAUGGAUUAUCACUCAUGUGCUGUGGCUGCUGAACGCUAAGUACUUCCACUGGUUCUCCCCGACAAUAAUAUUCGACAACUGGAUUCCAUUGCUAUGGUGCACCAAUAUUCUGGGCUAUGCCGUGUCCACCUUUGCAUUCAUCAAAGCAUACCUCUUUCCAACCAACCCAGAAGACUGCAAAUUUUCUGGUAAUGUACUGUACGACUACAUGAUGGGAGUUGAGUUUAACCCCAGGAUUGGGAAGUGGUUUGACUUCAAACUCUUCUUUAAUGGGCGACCUGGAAUAGUGGCUUGGACGCUCAUCAACCUGUCCUACGCUGCUAAGCAGCAGGAGCUGUAUGGUUAUGUCACCAACUCCAUGAUCCUUGUCAACGUACUACAGGCUUUAUAUGUGCUGGAUUUCUUUUGGAACGAGGCGUGGUACUUGAAAACCAUUGACAUAUGUCAUGACCACUUCGGUUGGUAUCUCGGCUGGGGAGACUGCGUAUGGCUGCCUUUCCUCUACACUUUACAGGGACUGUACCUGGUCUACAACCCCAUCCAGCUCAGCACACAUCACGCUGCAGGCGUCCUCGCCCUGGGACUGGUUGGCUACUACAUCUUCCGCUCCACCAAUCACCAGAAAGACCUGUUCCGCCGUACCGAGGGCACCUGCAGCAUCUGGGGACGGAAGCCCACGUUCAUCGAAUGCAAGUACUACUCGGCGGACGGCACGCCCCACAAGAGCAAGCUCCUGACCUCAGGGUUUUGGGGCGUGGCGCGCCACUUCAACUACACAGGGGAUCUGAUGGGCUCGUUGGCCUAUUGUGCAGCUUGUGGAGGUGGCCACCUGCUGCCGUACUUUUACUUUGUGUACAUGACCAUCCUUCUGGUGCAUCGCUGUGUGCGAGACGAGCACCGAUGCGGCGCCAAGUACGGCGAGGACUGGAAGAGGUACACGGCGGCCGUGCCCGUGCGGCUCCUGCCUGGACUGUUCUAACAACAACAACAACAGCAUGAACAUGUCGUUGUAGUGUAACCGCAGAGAUACACCAGCGGCGACGCGAUUCAAGCGACAGAGUGCAGCAGCAAGCGAUACGAGCGAUUGAGGAGACAAGAGUAUGUCCGUACAGGCAGAAGGCAAAGCAUUCAAGCAUUCCCAUUGGCUGUGGUCACUGACCUCUAUACAGUCAUUGGCUGUCGCGGCUUGUCGCCGAACCGCGUCAUAGAAAGUUGAAAAGAUUUCAACUUCAAAUUGUCGCGCUCGUCGCGCAAAUCGCUCUAGUCUCCAGAAUCGCUUUUGUCUCUCGACUCAAUACAAAGUCAAUUACUUCCGUCGCUCGACUCGCUCAGAUCGCCGCUGGUGUAUUUCUGCGGUAAGAUGUUAAGGAUCGUUUCUCACCUUUACACCUGUGAAGAGAACUUGGAUCAACAGCAAUCAACUUCCAUUUUUAAAAUCAUUCCUGUGAGGCUCCUGGACGACUCCAACAACAACAACAACAUGUAUUUAUAUAGCACAAUAUCACAACAAUGCAGUUGACUCAAGUGCAAAUACACAUCUCCACAUUCACACACAACACUAAUUCUGGAGGCUACAGUGCGCCGUCACUUGUCCAGUCUUCACAUUGUAAUGAUGUACCGUAUGGGGCCUUUCAUCACAUGACAGCUUCUACUGUAUCUGGAUUAUUAUUCUAGUGGGCAUAGGUGUGCACAGAUAGGGAUGAGGUGGUGCUAAAGCAUCUGCCCCUUUUCCCUACUGGAUAAAAAAUGCCUUUUUUGAAAGUUUUUGUCGCAAUGCACUGUGGUCCACAUGUUGACGUGAUAAUCUACAAAUGCUUCACGAUCAAAAGCAUGUGAAAAUAAUGCCCGAUACAAUAUAUGGCCUCUAGCCUAAUAAGCCAGCCAGAAGUUCCACAUGCCCCCAACACGCCCCUUUCAGCACUUGCCCCCCAAAAUGUCUGUGCGCGCCACUGCUAAUGGGGCCUUUCAUCACGUGUCACCUUCUGUCUCUGGACCAUCAUUCCAAAGCAGAUAUAAGCAGCGUCUGGUGGU